AUGUCUUGUAGCUGGCCCGAUCAGUUCUACAACCGGCCCCGGAGGCCUUACUCAGCGCGGUACUCUCCGCCCUCGCAGUACGAUCUUGGUGGAUUCCACGUGUCGUUGCCAAACAUCAGGUGGUCGCCGCACUACCGCGAGACCUUGCCGAACAUGAGGCCUCAAUCGGGCGAACGGUACCGAGAGGAUGACUACGAGUGCAGAACCUACGAGGGCCGGCGCGGCGGAGAAAACGGCGACGAGACCGACCGUGCCCGGCGAACCGAUGACAAUCGGUCGCUUGUUCGACAGGCCCCACGCGACACGGAUGCCGAUGAACGCGCCCGCGAGGGUCGCCUUCUUGAGGUCAGACUAGUGCUAAAUCAAAUGCGCUCCCAGCUUGACACUGCACACAAAGUUCACAACAACGCUUUCAAAAAGUUCCAGAAAAAUGCCGCGAAGAUUAGGGUCUUCGCAAGCCAAACGACGCUGAACAGGCUCUGGGUCGACAUGCUGUCGAAGGAUGCAGAGGAACGACAGACUGAGGCAGACGAGAAAAGAACUUCUCCGGCGCCCAACUCCAGUACCGUAGUCGCGCAGGUGAAGGUCUGCUUGAAAUCGCUCGAACGCGCCGAGAUCAACAAUUUGUCGCCAGCAUCUACAUUUCACGACAAAGACUCCAAAGCCAGGCACCACUUCAAAAUCAUCAUUGAUGCGGUCAAAGAAGCCGUCGACCUAGCCGAUAAAGCCCCGAAGGAUCACCUCGCUUGUCAAGAUCUGGUGGAACGCCUCGACAGAGCUCGGAUUCUAGCCAAUACCCAGUCCGAGAUCUGGAAACCCCUUCUGCGAGACUUGCCGGCGGGAAACAUGAGAAGCACUGAGCCUGAGCCUCAGGAGGCUAACGAUUCGUGGGGUUCGAAUGACGCUGGCGAAUAUGGACAGAACGACGAACAGUCAGGAUCUUGA